GUUGCAAUAACAUAAAACUACCUGCCCUAUUGAUUUGUUUGCCAGGUUUUUAUUGCUUAAUUGUAAUUUUAUUCCGUUAAGAGUGUUCCCCCCUUGAUAGUGACACGUCUAGUGAAAUAGCAGUGACAGCUGUUAUCGAUGUUCCACACAGCUGAUCAUCAAUGACCAGAUUUUCAUCUUGGGGGCGGCUUUUAUUUACACAUUUUGUGCAAAAAUUGGUAAACCAAAAGCUCAACAAAGGCUGGACGCUUGAAGGAGUCCCGAGAGUGUACAUCUGACUCAACGAAUUUCUCGCUAUUACCCACGGACAUAUAACAACAUGACAAUCGAUGGUACCGCUCUGCCCUCGGAACUGUUGGUCACCCCACAACCACUGAUUGGCUUCUGUGGCUUGGACACUGCCCGCAACAGUGUGCACAAAUCCGUCUGGGAUGCUUUUACUGGCAGCUUACGUAAGCCAACGGACAGGGAACGAGCUGCUGUGCAGUAUAAGCAGUUGCCCCCGAACUAUGACUUCCCUGUGGCCAAGCCCAAGCGAGCCUCAUACGAAUGGUAUCACCCAAAGGGUAUCUUAAAACGAAAUUGGAUGCUUAAGCAUUUGCAUGUGCUGCCCUCGGUGGUAGUUUUAUUCCAGGAUAUGGAAUGGAAUGACCCACAAUGGUCGGAAAAACAAUUGCAAUGCUCUGCGUUGGUGCAAGCUUUAAAGAACUCCCUGCAAGAGCGUCAGACACGUCUCUGUUUGGUUAUACUGCAAAAGUCGGCACCAUUGCCACCCGGUGAGGAUUUAAUGGCCGCUGAACGAGUAGCCAGCUUGACCUCUGCUUGUGGCAUUCCAAGCAAAAUGUUGUUUAUACUGCCGCAUACAGAACAUCUCUUGGGCUAUACCUUGAGAUUAGAAUCAGCAUUCCUGGACAUGGCCCAAUCCUACUAUGCUUUGAUGUCCAAACGUAUACGAACUCAUCGAGACCAGUUAACGGCAGCUCAUGCUACAUUAAAGAUCAGGCAUCAGUUUAAGCUGGGAUUUGUGGCUGAAAUCAGGCAGGAUUUUACAACAGGACAAAAACACUACUUCCAAGCUUAUGCCAAUUUGGAUGAGAUACGGCUUAAUGAUGGCAAUUGUAUGGAGAUCAAAACUCUGGCAGGAUUCCUCAACUAUAAGAUCUGCCGCUUAAUGUUUAAGUUGAAAACUCCCAGAGAUGCCAUCAAUCAGUUUAUUAUACACAUAGAGAAAUAUAAAAGUCGUGUGGGGUUCAAGGAUUUGGCCUUUGAACAUUUUGCCUGGCUGAGUACACAACACUCGGUUUUUGCUGAACUCUUUUGUGAGGCAAUUAAAAAUGGUCUGCCAGCUUUACAGACACAACAUCCUGGCAUUUAUUACCACAAGGCAGCUGAAUAUGUGAUGAAACGACGUGAGGCAGCUCAAGAGACUUAUGCCAAUGCUACUGCCAAUGCCAAUGCCAACGUCAAUCCGAAUCCGAAUCUAAACCCCAUGUCACUGUACACGGAGUUCUUUGGUAUUCGAUCAGUAAAAAUGGGGGAUCCAGCUGCCGAGCAACAAGCAAAUUUACAACUUUGCGAACAGGAGCAUGGAUUUAAUUAUUCAGCGGGCAUUAUAUCGUUACUUAGUCAGGCCAUGACUCAAUUUAAGAUUUACAAGUGUCUGAGAUUCCGCAAAAAACUAGCGAUUGACAUGGCUGAAGAGUAUUUAAAAAGUGGGGAUCAUUCCAACGCAUUGACACUUUACUCGUUAAUGCUUCCUGACUAUCGACAAGAGAAAUGGUCAACAAUCUUCAGUGAUGUUUUGCUUAAAACGUUACGUUGUGCCUUGUUAUCAGCCUCUGUAGCGGAUUAUAUAGUCUGCAGCAUUGAGGCUUUGGCUCUCAGUCAUCAUGGCGAUCAAAAGGAUCGGAUUUUGCUAUUAGAGAAUCUUUGGCAGGUCUUUCAAUUGGUGCCCCCUAUGCCACAAACUCAAUUAUCGAACGAAAUUCAAACUCUCUGGUUGAAUUCAUUGGCCCAAGUGAAAUCACCCAUCCAAAUUGAUCUGGAUAAGGUGCAGGAUGUAUUGCAACUGUUUGCUACAUUUGAGCAGGUGCAACUUAACAAUAAUGAUCUAGUGCAAAUUAAAAUUAUUGUGAGAGUUCUUACCGAUGUACCUUUGCGAAUAAGGAGCUUUCAUGUUCUAUUAUCAGAUGUGGCUCAACCCCAAAACUCAUUUAAACUAGAGGCCCUCAAAUAUGUGUGUUUCAGUAAUCUUCUAGAGCUGCGACAGGCAAAAGACAGCACCACAAUUGAUCUACGUCCAUUUGAUAAGAACAUGAGACUAGAGCCAAAUUGCUAUUAUCAACUCUAUUGCACUACCGAAGCGCAUCAAUUUCUUGAGAAUACGCAAUUGCGUAUUAUGCGUCUCGAAGCCCUUAUGGGUACCGAUCAAUGUGGAGCUCUCCUUACAUCAAACGCAAAUUAUAUACGUCCGGCAUUCCGAUAUCACACUCGCAGUCGUGAUCUUGAUGAUAAUGUUACAAUCAAUUCCAUUUGCUAUAUUGCGCCCACUUUCCAUCUAAACACGCAAACGAACCUUGGCCAUGGGCAUGGCCCUAACACGUGUGAGGAUGUUUCAACAACCACAAAAAUGCUGGUCAAUGAAUAUUAUCCAGUUGUGACCACCAUAAGUAAUCCUCAUAAUGUGUAUCUACAAAACGUUGGUGUGCAUCUCAGUGUGCCGGUUGCUCUAAGGAAUAGCGUGUUCCUCACCACCGAUAUUUCUGCGGGACGUCAAAAACUGCAUUCGCAAAUUCAAAUCGAUGUGGGUGAAUUAUCCGGACAAAGUAGUCAAACGGCAACAUAUUACAUAUUCAGUUUGAAGGAGACGGAAAUCAAGUUGCAGCAACGUCUGACCUAUACCCUGGAUGUGGAUCGUCCGAAUGGUAGUACAAAUGUUCAUGCAACUGCUGUGCAGGUUGCAACUGCCCCAACAAGUUCCGACUCAACGCCCGAGCAUGAUAACAAUAAUGGCAAAAGCAUGGCCAUUGCCGCUGCUGCAGCUGCUGUCAUUUCGCCCGUACAGAUUGAGUAUGUGGAUGAGACACGACUACGUAAAUCCCGUGACGAUACGUUGAGUGUGAGAUGCUAUAUGGAUUUUAAAUUCAGUGCGCGAUAUUAUACCCUAAAUCGUCAGCCGUUGCCCGAGGUUUAUAAGGGUGAGAACUUUUUGCUACGUGCCAAUACCGAAGUAAUGGCCUUAGAGGAUAUUGAAAUCCUGGAUAGCUUCUUUAUAUGUGAUCACAACUUAGUGCAAUCAAACUACAGCUUUAAGCGAAAGAAAUACACUAAUCGCUAUCAGACUGGUGAUAAAUUGGAGACGGUGAUAGUGCUGCGCACUAAUGCCACUCUGAAGGAUUGGAUUACUUCUCGCGAUUUGGAUCAGAAAACUAAAAAGUUCCAAAACUCUUUAGCCAGCAAGUUUCGAAAGGAGGAAGUGGAUUCGGCUGCUUUGGCGCCUCCGACAGCACCGCCUUCAGCCAGCCUGAGUGCCUAUAUGAGCAAAAGUGGUUUAAUAUCCAAAAUACCCACGACAAUGACCAUAAUAAAUAACAAUACCGCCUUGUCGAAUGUUCUCCAGGCGGCCAGUGCGGUGGCAAAGGAUGAGGAUACUGGUGAGGCAGUUGCUAGUCAAGAGGCUGGCUUAAAAUCCACACGACUCAUUUAUAACAAAGCCAUGGAGGCCAUCCAGGCCACCGGACAUUGCCGGGGCUUUAUAAAAGGAGUUUACUCCCUGGAAGAGACUCCUUCGAAUAACCCCAUCUUUGGCAUCUUCUGUAUACGCUGGCGUCGCCUUAAUGCCAAAGAGGAAAACGAAUCAAAGUUUACAUUAAGUGGCCUUAACAUUGUGGAACCCGCCUUGAAUAUCUACUGUACCAUUGAGGAGAAGAUGUUUGUCAAAAUGCCCAUGGCAUUUAAAGUGGUCCUAAAGAAUCCAACAAAACAAGUCCUUCAUCUGAUUGCGACCUUAAGCAUCAGUAGUACGGAUAACUUUAUAUGCUCGGGACACAAACAGCUGGAUUUAUCGAUUAUGGCCUUUGAUGAAAAGGAACUGGUCUAUAAUUUAUAUCCCCUGCAUGUGGGAUGGCAAGAGUUGCCUACAUUGAGCUUGGAAUACAACACCAAGGCGGAUCCACAAAAGAACGACAGUCAGAAUGCCCAGCUAGAGGAGUUGGUGCAAAGGGCUAUGCCCAAACGGGUGUUUGUCUUGCCCCAGUUGAGACAACAGAACAAGCAGUAGACGUAGGAGUUGCAACUCCAGCCGACGAUUAGUUAAAGUUCACCGUUUUAAAGUGUGUGUGCAUGUGAUCUUUUUUUUUUGUUUGUGAAUUCUUUUUAAUUAAUUUUUGGUAUGUAAAAAUUAAACUAACUCUUACUCCCAAUUUAUUGAUUGAAUGUAGCAACAGAAACAUACAUACAACAUACACUUAUAAACAUAAAUAGUUUUGUUUAUAGUUAAGUGAAAUAUAUAUAUAUAUUUAUAGAGUAAGAUAAUACUUGAGUAUGCUGGUGAAUUUGCGAGUGUGUGGCUGUGGCUGCGGCUGUGUGUGUAUGUGUGUGUGUCUGUGUAUGUGUGAUCUUUAUUUGUAAAUUGUUACUUGACACUCUCGUUAAAUGAUUAAAUAUAUACCAACAUUUCAGAGCCAGCGAUAUUUUCGUACAUCAUUCGAAACGUACAGUAAUUAAUAAAUAUAAUAAAUUAUAUCUAUACACUCGAACAAUA